UAAGUUCGACUAGGUCGCGAUUGUUACUUUCUGUUUAUUGUAUUGUCAGGAUGGCAGUCACCGCUCGUAACAACGGCUUCCGCAAGGUUGCCAAGUGGAUUGUUGGUGCCAUUGUUGUGGCAAGUGCUAGCAGUGGCAAUGUCCAAGGUGGUCGUCCUUCGAAACCAAAACAGGCCGAAGCUAAUGAGGUUAAGUCUAAAAUUAAUGUGAUUGAAGAAAAAAAGGAGAUGCCUAAAAUUGGGGACGAUGAAUUUCAAGCAGUUAUUGGCAGACUUCCACAUGACCCCGCUGCAGUGGCGGUUGUGAACUCAAGGGGCAAGUCUUUUACAAACCAAGACAUUUACGGAUUGAUAGAUCAUAAUCUCUAUGUUGGUUUUAUGUGGAAAAAGAUACCUGAUGAAAAUAAACCAGAAAUCCGGGAACGUAUAGUAGAGUUAAGAAGAAAGAAUUUGUUGGACGAGAUAUCCUAUUUCGACCAGCUACUAUCAGAACUGCCUGCUGAACUCGCCCAAGAAGCAUCAAAAUACAGUUACCUUAGUGAACUACCUGAAGGUCUAGCCGAUGCUCUUGAGGACUAUGUAAAGGCUCUUAACGAUAGAAUCGAAGCAGAACAAGACAAAAUAAGGGAGAAAACAAAUAAAGAAUUGGAUGAAAUGAGAAACAAAGACUUAAAGAAAGAACAAAAGGAACAAGAAAGUAAAAAGGAACAAGAAAGUAAAAAGGAACAAGAAAGUAAAAAGGAACAAGAAGGUCAAAAGGAACAAGAAGGUCAAAAGGAACAAGAAGGUCAAAAGGAACAAGAAGAUCAAAAGGAACAAGAAGGUCAAAAGGAACAAGAAGGUCAAAAGGAACAAGAAGAACAGAACAAAAAAAGCAAGUCUAAAAAAGGUUUAAGGAAAUGAAUGGGCCUAUGCAACCCAGUGUACAAGGAAUGCA